CGCUCUGACUCCGUCUGGCGCAGCGAGGGCGGUCCUGUCGACUGCUCGAGGAACGAAUCAUCGCGGAUUGCGGAGUCAAGGAGGGCCACUGAGGAGGGCAGCAGUUAACUCAACCGAACCGAAAACAUCUGUGGACACACCAAAAAACUGAGGAUAUUCCCAUGUUUAUCGCUGUCAAAGUUCCAUGCGCAUUUCGAUCAGCGUGAUACCGUACUUUUUCACAUAAAUAUCAAGGGAAUAGUUGGAAUUUCUCACAUAGUCAAACAAAUAGCUGAUCAAAAUAUCUCCAACGAUGAGCUUCCUGUUCGGAAGCCGAUCUUCGAAAACUUUCAAGCCAAAGAAGAAUAUCCCUGAAGGGACGCACCAGUAUGAUUUAAUGAAACAUGCAGCGGCGACACUUGGCUCAGGAAAUUUACGUCUGGCGGUGAUGUUACCCGAGGGUGAAGAUCUCAAUGAAUGGGUUGCCGUUAACACUGUCGAUUUUUUCAACCAAAUAAAUAUGUUGUAUGGAACCAUUACGGAGUUUUGUACAGAAGAGAGCUGCCCGAUUAUGUCAGCUGGUCCGAAGUACGAAUAUCAUUGGGCCGACGGCCACACUGUGAAGAAACCAAUCAAGUGCUCUGCGCCCAAAUAUAUUGAUUACCUAAUGACUUGGGUGCAGGAUCAAUUGGAUGACGAGACUCUGUUUCCAUCAAAAAUUGGAGUGCCGUUUCCAAAAAAUUUUCUCUCAAUUGCCAAGACUAUAUUAAAGCGCUUGUUCAGAGUCUACGCACAUAUUUAUCACCAGCACUUCAGUGAGGUUGUUCAACUGGGAGAAGAGGCACAUCUUAACACAUCGUUUAAGCAUUUUAUUUUUUUCGUUCAGGAAUUUAACCUAAUAGACAGACGAGAAUUAGCCCCAUUACAAGAGCUAAUUGAAAAACUGACUGCAAAGGAUGCUCGAUGAACACCCUCCACUCUGAUCAUCGUCUGUGAAGCCUCUCCAAAGAAUCUCAUCAAUGCUAUCUCUGUUAACUAUCUAUCAUAUAAUAAUUAUUUUAUAUUAUUUAAAUAAUCGUAUCGAAUCAUAUUUCAAAGCAAGUCUAAUGCCGAGUCAAAAGCCUUCGUACGGCUACUCUUCUUCAUUAUAUUGCAGUUUAAACUGUGAUUAAAGCUUUUUCAACAACAGUAAUUAGUUUUGUGCACAGUUCGCAAAACAAUUUUUUCCAUUGAUCUAGUGGAUGAGCUUAAUAUCAUGUGAAAGCAUUUGGCGGAAAACAAUAAAAUUCACUCAUAAUAAUUGAACCCCAAAUGAUGUGCUUCGAACAGAUAAUAAGUCAAUAGGUAAAAUUUCAAGACAAAAUUGAAAUGUGUGAAUACCUAUAUAAAUUAUUGUUAAAUAGAUGAAUUAUUUUCAACGUUACGCUGCUUAGAAUUGUAUGAACUUUUUUUUAUAUUUAUUUAAUUUUAAUUUUUUUUUUUUUUUGUGCUGUUGAAAGACAUCUGUGUAAGUUUCUUUAUCAUACUAUUAUUUGCAAAUUUUUCUUCAAUUCUUAGUCGUUGAAUUCAAUUAAAUAAUGAAAACAGUAUAAUAAAAUUUCCUAGCAUGUAAUGUUUAUUGCUGUGGAAGGUAGGCUGUAGACAAAAAGGUGAUGAUUUGUACUUCAAAACAAUUUCCAUAAGUUAAAUAAUUUUAUAUUCAACUUAUCGAUAUACGUGGAUAUAAAAACCGAUUUGAACUUCAUUGCAAACAUGAAUCGUCAUAGAAUUUCAGAAUAACGCUUGAGUCAAUCUCGUAUGUAUUAAAAGAAUAUUAUGCGACCCUUUCGUUAGUGCUUUUUUGUCUCAGACGAAGAAAAAUUUUAAAAAUGCCUUGAAAUAGGUGCAAGUAAUAUUAUCCGUGUACGUCUAACAAUAUUAGAUAUUUGUUACGUAGUCUAUUAUCAAUUGUACGGCGAAAGUAUACGGCAGAGUAAUAACAUUGAAUGUGAAACAUUGCACCGUGUUGACUAUGUAAGGGUAUUAAUGUAAUUUAUAUUAAUAGUUUUUAUAUUAAACACUUAUAAAACGAUCGAUCUAUAGAAAUACUAAUCUUUUUAAGAAAAAUACGAAAUGAAAAAAUUAAGAAAUUCCAAAACGAUAAAUGAGAAGAACUAUACUCAAAAGUAGAGUACAAGUGGAUCAAAGCCAGAAUGUUUGCAUGACCUUUGUCACGUAGCAUUGUUUACCGUUUUCAAUUGGAAUGGUUUUGUCAAUGUGGACAAUGUGUAGAAUAAAUAAAACAAAUGAUCUUGAGCUACAUGGUGUAUGAACAUCUAGGAAAAAUAAUAACGAGUACUGCAUACAUAAAUUGAAUGUUGUGGCAACGAUAACUUUGUUUCUUACUUUCUUUUAAAUUCUAUGUACACUGUAUGUAUUUGAUACCGUUUAUCUUAGUAAAAUAUUGAAUUUAGAAUUUUAAGAAAGAUAGUCGUAAAAAUAGACGAGAUAAAAAGAAAGUAUCUAUUUAAGUUUUCAUCUAUUUUAACGAUUAAUCUUCAUUGAAGAGCUUUUAAAGAGAAUUGUUAUGUUUCAGACAUACAAUGGGAACCAAACGUUGAAAUCGUUGAGUAAGGUGACUCUGACGACGAUUUCGUUAACGAUCUAAUAUAUAAACAGCAUGUGUAUUAUUAAUAACUAACGUAUAAUCAACGUCCAGGACUCAUUCCGCUUACCCUAAUUUUUGCUCUCCCUCUAUUGGGAAUUUCUGUAUAUAUAUGUGACAAGCUAAUUAACUGUCUGUAUAGAAACCACGAAAAGAAAGAAGAAAAUGAAAAAAAAAGUGCAUACCGGUCUGUUUAUGCUGAAUUAAUAUAUUUCGAUGUAUUCAUUUCGAUCAUUUUUGAGAACUUAUAUUUUUUAAGAAUUUACAUAGAAUACGUUUUAAGACAAAAAAAAAAAAAAAAAACAAAAACAAAAAAACGAACAAAUAUUAAUUUUUUACUUUUAGCUUAUACAUAGUAAUUAAAAAUAUAUAUGCGUUAUUCACUAAUAACAAUAAUAAUAGUAAUAAUAACAAGAACAUCAAUUAUAAUUGUUGUCAUUAUUAUUAUUGUUAUCAUUAUUCUUUGUACGGAAGAUUUUCGUGUACAUAUUUAUUUUUAUGUUUUUGCUUGACGAAUAAUAAUCAAUUUAUUUAAGAAGUAGUCCGAACUCAAUGUCGUACCCACAUCUAUAUACGUAUAGAUGAAGCAAAACUGCACACUAUUCACUGUCUAAUCUGAUAUUAGAAUGUAAAUGUUUUGAUUUUCAGCUGAAUAUACGAAAUACCGCUAAUGCCAAUUUCAUUACGAACAUUGAGUAGUAUGAAUAUGGAUUGCGUAGUUGCCACUGAAAAAAAUUAAAUUUAGAUUUUAAAAAGUUAAUAAAUAAAGCAUAGUUUCAUGUAUUCAUAACUGUAAUAGAUAGGCACAUACAUAUGUUAUCACUCACAAUAAUUCAGCGCUUUUCUUCUGAAUCGACUUCUCAUUCAACUGUCUUACUAAACUUAUAUAAUUAUAUACAUAUUCAUUUGUGAUAUUUCGGCACUCCCAAAAAUUACAGUGGAAAUUUUUUGCCUCGUGCGAGAGCAUAUCAGAAUGCAAUUUUGUAACGAUAAUGUAACGAUACGGAUAAAAAAUCAAUUGUGCGUUUGGUACUUAUAUUUUUCUUCGAUUAUUAAUCUGCAGUAUAAAUAAUAAAAUCCUGACAUGUUUCAGAAGUCUUAUUGUUAAAAAUAUUUAAAUCAAUAUGCAAAAAAACAUAUCCAAUAAUAUAUACGUAGGUACAACAUUCGUUUUUUUUUUUUUUAUUAAUAAUAUUGCUGCAUACAUUUUACUAGCAGUAAAUUUCCCGUACCAUCAAAUAAAACAAAUUUUUGUAAAAAUUAUGUCGAACCUGAUUUUUUUAAAUAGACGAACAGGAUGGUGAAACGUUUUUAUCUUUGGUACAUGAAUCUGUUACAGUGAUUAUAUUGCGAAAAUAGAGUUACGAACAACACCUGCGGAAUACAUGUAGAAAUUUAUUGAAAAACAGGUUUCCUGAAAAUAAUUUUGGUUGACUUUAUGUUAACUGCCAAGGUAUAAAUCUUGUACAAGUAUCGUGAAAAUUUUACUGCCGAAUAGAAAUAUUUAUCAGCAUUAUAAUUAACAAAAACUAUUAACAUAAUUUUUUAUGCAAAUCAACCAUGAAAACUGCUUUUUCUGUAUAUUAUAUAGAUGUACAAGUACUCUAACCACUUGAAUACAAAUUGCUAGACUUGUUACGAAAAUUCUUUGGUUACAAUUCUUGUAUUCGGUUUCAAACUAUUCAUAAAAGUACAUUGCGAUGAUCGAUUCUUUCAACAUGGUUUAAUUAUAAAUAAUUUACGUUGAUUAAUUUUGUUAAAACUGGUUACUAUUUGACUAAAUUACAAUUCGGACUGAGUUUCAGGUUUAAUCAGUAUUGAAGUCUCUAUUUAUUAUUUUCAACUAAUGACUGGAAAAGUCAUUUUUAUGGGUUACAAUGAGAUUCAGAAUCAAUUUUUAUUCAUGGCUUGAAGCAACAAGUUAUACAUUUAUGUACGGAUCCUGUAGAAAAUGUUUUUCCAACAAUUUCCGAAUGAUUUCAUAUAUUUCACAAUCAUUGUUGUAACGUACAUAUAAUAUACGAUGUAACGAGAAUCAUAACCAGAGAAUUAUUUGUUAUGUGAUCGUCUAAUUAACCGAAGCUUAUGUCGCAGCUUGAUUCUACGCAAGAUAAAAAAAAAGCGAUCAUUAGGUAUGUUGCAGAUGUAAUAACGCUAAAACUGUGCAAUGUAAAUAGUAUUUUCUCAUGUGAAAAAAAUAAAUAAAUACAUAAUAAAAAUGCCUAAUUA